AUGGGAGUAGUAAAAACGAAUGAGGGACUGCUAAGUUCUGAAGAAAUCAAGAAAAAUAUGAUAGAAUUGAAGUCGAAACUUGUGGGUCAUUCUUCACAUCUUUCCAAAGAGUUAUAUAAGACCUUAAAAGAUGUAUCUUACUGUGAUUUGACGUGGAAGGAUCCCCUUGCCAGUCAGGUGAUCAGCAAUAAUUCACAAAAGCUCGCUGAGGAUGAAUAUAAUAAUUUUAUGAAACCUGCACUACAAAUGGUACCUCCUACUAUACCAGUUGUUCAAGAAAUGUGUACCAAAUUUGUAACUAAUUUUGUUGAACCCUGGGAAUAUACGAUAGUGGAAUUGACACAUGAUGGAGCCUGGAAAGAGUUGAAUGAGGGGUUGCAACCGGAAUCCUUGAUGUCUUCAUUUGCUCCUGAAUUUGAGGUAUCUCAGAAUGAAGGAACAUAUGUAAUGAAUAUUAUUGCACCUUUGAUUCAAGCCGUGUUGAAAGAUCUUCCUUUCGCAAAGUCUUCAUACAUUAGCAUUGCAGAAAAGCAAA